CGUAUUUAUAUAUUUAUAUGGCAUCGCCGCACGCGCAACACGCUCAUUCCUACGAUAUCUCUUAUUAGAAGCGCAUCGAGGCUCUAUUUGGGUUCUUUUAAAUUGUCUAUAUAUAAUCCUAAUUCCUCAAGUACUCAGCCGCGGCAUUACUUCUAAGACGUAACUGGAGCUAUAAAAUAUCAAAAUGUCCAAAAUCCCUGAAAAAGACGAUGAUACAGAUACGGCCGGGAGAGUUUUUGGCGGAGCUCGUGCCGGGGAAUACAUGCAAACCAGAUUUACAAGAAUCCCCAACGCGCAUUUGAACAAAGAAACUGUAGCCGGUAUUCGAGACAUGAAUUUGGGCAGAAUGAAAAAUGGAAAACCUACUGGUGCUCCAACAAUACGUUUCGACACUGGACAUAAUUCGGGAGCUAAUCCCCAUAUCAAUAUUGACCCUAAAGGACAUCCCAAAUCUACUAAUCCUCACAUUGAAGUUCCUGCAGAAGUUAUCCAAUAUGCCAAAGUCAUCAAUAAGACUAUUAAAUAUGCAGGCAUUACUUUAACAGUAGCCGCCGUAGCGAUCGACACUUGGCGCAUCGGGUCUGCUGUUAAAGAUGAUCUCUACGUUAGGGAGCACGCAGACGAGAUAAUUGAAGAGUUAGAGAGUUCUAUUCGUAAAUUGAGAAAAUCACUUGAAACUGAAACUAAGUCAACAAAAAGAAGUGAAAUCAGAACCACGAUAGAACAUCUUGAGAAUGUUUUAAGAGAUGUGAAGCGUACGAAGAUAGUUUUAGUUAAAACUAUCAAGACGGUUUCAUCGGUCGGUGGCAGUUGGGGCGGCGGAGCGGCAGGAGGAGCUGCCGGGGCAUGGGGCGGGGCGAAGGCGGGGGCUCUGGUCGGCUCAGCGUUCGGGCCUGUGGGCACGGUCGUCGGCGCUCCGGUGGGCGCGAUCAUUGGCGCCAUCGGAGGUGGCGUUCUUGCUGGUAUAGGUGGAAGUGCUGUUGGUGAAAUGAUUGCUGACGAAGCUUUAAAACUUGCAGAUGAUUAAAUAACUUUUUUUGUUGUAUUC